GGCGAAAGCGGCGGGAAGUUCGUACAGUGCAGAAGGCGGCGCGUCUCCGGCUCGGGUGAAAAUGCCUCGUGUAAAAGCAGCUCAAGCUGGAAGACAGGGCCCUGGAAAGAGACGACUUGCAGAACACUUUGCAGCUGGGGAGAUAAUCACUGAUAUGACGAAGAAGGAGUGGAAACUAGGAUCGCCCAUUGGCCAGGGUGGCUUCGGUUGUAUAUAUCUUGCUGAUAUGAAUUCUUCAAAAUCGGUGGGAAGCGAUGCACCCUGUGUUGUAAAAGUGGAGCCCAGUGACAAUGGACCUCUCUUUACUGAGUUGAAGUUCUACCAGCGAGCUGCCAAACCAGAGCAAAUUCAGAAGUGGAUUCGCACCCAUAAACUGAAGUACCUGGGCGUUCCUAAGUAUUGGGGGUCUGGCCUACAUGAUAAAAAUGGAAAAAGUUACAGGUUUAUGAUAAUGGAUCGCUUUGGAAGUGACCUUCAGAAAAUAUAUGAAGCAAAUGCCAGAAGGUUUUCUCGGAAAACUGUCUUGCAGCUAAGCUUGAGAAUUCUGGAUAUUCUGGAAUAUAUUCACGAGCAUGAGUAUGUACACGGAGAUAUCAAGGCCUCAAAUCUUCUUUUGAGCUACAAGAAUCCUGACCAGGUGUACUUGGUAGAUUACGGCCUUGCUUACCGGUAUUGCCCAGAAGGAAUUCAUAAAGAAUACAAAGAAGACCCCAAAAGAUGUCACGAUGGCACUAUUGAAUUCACCAGCAUUGAUGCGCACAAUGGUGUCGCCCCGUCAAGACGUGGUGAUUUGGAAAUACUUGGUUAUUGCAUGAUCCAGUGGCUUAGUGGCCAUCUUCCUUGGGAGGAUAAUUUGAAAGACCCUAACUAUGUUAGAGAUUCCAAAAUUAGAUACAGAGAAAAUAUUGCAGACUUCAUGGACACAUGUUUUCCUGAGAGAAACAAGCCAGAUGAGAUUGCUAAAUACAUGGAAACAGUGAAAUUACUGGACUAUGCCGAGAAACCUCUUUAUCAGAAUUUGCGAGACACUCUUUUGCAAGGACUGAGAGCUAUAGGAAGCAAGGAUGACGGCAAGUUGGACCUCAGCCUCGUGGAGAACGGAGGCUUGAGAACAAAGUCAAUAACAAAGAAACGCAAGAAAGGAAUCGAGGAGAGCACUGAAUCCAGUGUUGAAGAUAUGGAAUGCUCAGGUACACAGACAGAAGAGGCCACAAAAACCCGUUCAAAAACCAGAAAGAGAGUCCAGAAGUAAAUCAAAUGCUGUCACCCGACUUUUCUUUUCUUCCUGUCAUUUGACUUUUUCCUCUUUUUCUAUUUUAAAUGUUAUAUUUUCAUGUGAGUCUUUGAGGUUGGGGCUGACCAUGAAAUACUAUGUCUUUGAAAAAUAUAAACUUUUUUAUUAAGUAAAUACUUUGCACAAUUUAUUAAAGGCUAAUUAUAAAAUUGAAAAUCUAUAGGUCAUACUCUUUCAGCUGAUCCCAAGCUGUAUGUGUUUGAGGUUCUGAAGCAGCUGUAAGAAAAGCCACCAUGAUGUGUACUUUCUAAUCAUUGUCCAUUGCCCCGAGUGUAUAGAAAUGCUUGGCAAAAUCUUCCCCUUUAAGCAGAUAUACAAACCUUAAAAUAAAGGUCUCUUUUU